AUGACCACUACCAAUAAAAUCAAAGACAUCAUGGAAGUCAUUGAAGACAAAGAAAACGAAUUGGUGUUUGAGAAAAAUGUCUCUAUUCCAAUAAAGGCAUCUGAUCUUCCAGUGAGAUGUAAUGUCUAUAGACCAAUUGCUCCAGAAGGUGCCAAAUUCCCUGUCCUUGUGACAUAUGGACCUUAUGGAAAAGAUAUUCCUUACGAUAAUUUCUUCGCCAAAUCCUUCAGCGAGGUGAACCCUGAGCACAGAAGCAAAUAUAGUGCUUGGGAAACCCCAGAUCCAGUAUUCUGGACUUCCAAAGGAUAUGUCGUUGUGAGGGCAGAUGAGAGAGGACUAGGUCAAAGUCCUGGACUCUUAGAUACAAUGUCUCGAGGCACGAGCGAGUGUUUCUUCGAUGUUGUUGAGUGGGCAUCGGAGCAACCCUGGUCUUCCGGGAAAGUUGGAUUAUUGGGAAUCAGCUAUUAUGCGGGCAGUCAAUGGCGUGUUGCAGCUCGUAGGCCAAAGGGUCUUGCGGCUAUUAUCCCAUGGGAGGGAAUGACUGAUUAUUACCGUGAUCGAUGCAGACAUGGUGGAAUACUCUCAGAUGAAUUCAUCCGAUUUUGGUGGAAUAGACAAGUUAUUACCAAUCAAUAUGGUCGACCUGGACGUGCAGCUUCAAAAUGGGGCGAGGAUACUAUUGAAGGAAAUUUGGAUGAAGAGACGCUUCUUAGGAAUCGUAACGACCAGACUAUCGAUAAUGUAAACAAUCGCUUUUUAGAUGAUGAGUAUUACAAGUCAAAGGAUUUUAAUCUGGAAGAUAUUGAGGUUCCGGUUUUAUCGGUAGCGAAUUGGGGAGGUAUUCUGUUGCAUCUUCGAGGCAAUGUAAACGGCUACAUGUGGGCAGGUUCCAAGUUGAAGUAUCUCCGUUUCAUUACUGGACGUCACGAUCUUCCCUUUUACUACAAAGAAGAAGUUGAAAUACAGAAAACGUUCCUCGAUGCGUUCCUCAAGGAUGACGAUAAAAUCGGUUGGUCUACGCCCGGAAAGGUCAGCCCUGUCAGCGUGAUUCUUCGAAAAGGAGACGUUGGUUACAAUAAUGCCGAAGCGGAAACUAAAUAUGAACGAAGAGAAGAAACAGAAUGGCCAUUAGCAGGAACACAAUAUACCAAGUUCUAUCUCACACCAGAGAAAACGCUUUCCAGAGAUACUCCAGCAUCAAGUGCGGACAAAGUUUCAUAUGAUGCGCUGAGUACUCUCAAAAAUCCAAAACUUGUCCAAUUCACAAGCGCAUCAUUCGAGCAGGAAACAGAAAUUACCGGGCAUAUCACCGCACAUCUGAACGUAUCCCUUUCUCCUUCUCCAUCAGCAACCGCCCUGGAGAAAGACAUCGAUAUCUUUCUGACCCUCCGCCAUAUCUCCCCCGCAGGUGAAGAAAUUUUCUACACCGGCACGGCAGGAGAUCCGGUUCCACUAACCAAAGGCUGGCUCCGAGUAUCUCUCCGUAAAAUUGCGGAGAAGCAUCCGCGAAAUUUACCACAUCAACCAUAUCGCGAAUAUCGCUCAGUUGAUGUUCAGGAAGUUAAACCAGAAACGAGUUAUGCAGUGGAUGUUGAGGUGUGGCCCACUAAUGUUGUGGUAGAGAGAGGGGGAAAGAUUGUGCUCGAAGUGAGUUCGGGGGACACUCAGGGAAGUGGAAUUUUUGCUCAUGGGAAUGAGAAAGAUAGAUCCGUAGAUAGGUUUGCAGGUAAGAAUAACAUUCAUUUCGGUGAUGGACAGGAGAAUUUCGUCACAUUGCCUAUUGUGCCGUCAAGAUCAUAG